CAAAUGCUCCUCCAAAACUCUUACCUUUUCUUCGCUACAAAUACCCCAACAAAUACGACAGUCUCACCGCAAUAUGGGUCUCAAGUUCAGCUUCGUCCCCAUUGUCGACGCCAUUAACCGCCGCUCCUUCACGGCCGCCGGCCUCCGCCGUUAUUCCGUUGCGGUUGACCCAGACACCACCAUCCAGUGCUGGCAUCCCCCUUCCUUCUCCAAGCCGCCGCUCCUCCUCCUCCACGGCUUCGGCACUCCAGCUACGUGGCAGUGGAAGGCCCAGAUUCGCCCCCUCAGCCGCCACUUCGACCUCAUAGUGCCGGACCUCAUCUUCUUCGGUCGGUCCACCACUCUGUCGCCGGAGCGGUCGGAGAAGUUCCAGGCGGCGGCGAUUGUGGCUCUUUUGGCGAAACUAGAAAUCUCCGGCAAAUUGGCGGGGGUGGUGGGGACCAGCUAUGGGGGGUUUGUGGCAUACCACGUGGCAAAGAUGAUGGGACAAGCGUGGGUCGGGAAGGUGGUGAUUGCCAGCUCGGACUUGGGGAAAACGGAGGAAGAUGAUCGGGGGAUGAGGGAGAGGGCUGGUGGGGUCCAUAGCGUGGAGGAGAUUAUGCUUCCGACCACGGCUAC